AUGAAUGAGUGGGCGCCCAUUGCAAAAGAAUAUGAUCCGCUCAAAGCAGGAAGCAUUGAUGGUACGGAUGAAGAGCCACAUGACCGAGCCAUUUGGAGGGCUAUGACGGCCCGCUAUGUCCCCAACCAUGGUGUCACAGGAGAUCCUCACCUCACGCUUUUUGUGGCGAGACUCAGUAUACAAACCACUGAGGACAAGUUGAAGGAAGUCUUUUCACGCUACGGGGACAUCCGGAGGAUGCGCCUGGUGAGGGACUUGGUCACGGGUUUUUCAAAGGGCUACGCGUUCAUCGAGUACAAAGACGAACGGGCGCUGCUGAAAGCUCACAGAGAUGCCAAUAAACUGAUAAUUGACCAGCGCGAGGUAUUUGUAGACUUUGAGCUGGAAAGGACCCUGAAAGGAUGGAUCCCUCGGCGGCUUGGGGGCGGCUUUGGGGGCAAAAAGGAAUCUGGGCAGCUGCGGUUUGGGGGCAGGGACAGACCUUUCCGGAAGCCCAUCAACUUGCCUGCUAUGAAAAGUGAUUUUUACGGAGAAGGGCUGGCGGAAAAAAGGGAGAGGGGCUGGUCCAGAGAUUGGAAAACGAGGGAUCGAGCUCACGGGAGGAACCGGGAGCACAGGCGGCCCGAAAGGGAGCGGAGCGAAAGCAAGAGGGACCGUGAACGGCACUCCAGAGAGGAAAGAAGCUCUGGGAAAGAGGGAAGGGACAGGGAGAGGAGAGACCGGAGCAGAGACCGCAGCUCCAGAAGGCCAAGGGACGAAGACCAAUUCUGA